AUGAGGCCAGGACUUGGCUUUGUGAUAUACCCAGAAGCCUUGUCGCAACUUCCGCUUCCGCAGCUGUGGAGUUUCGUCUUCUUUAUUAUGCUGAUUCUGUUGGCCCUUGAUUCGUUGUUUUCAUUAGUUGAAACGGUGACGUCGGCCAUAUUGGAUGAGAACCCCUCUCUGCUGAAAUGGCGAGUCCCUGUUACUCUUGGAUACUGCCUUGUGUCCUUUCUGCUGGGGCUAAUAUUCACCACUGAGGGUGGAAUGUAUAUUUUCCAAUUGGUCGACUGGUACUUUGUCGUCAUAUUCCUGAUCUUCUACGGAUUUCUGGAGUGCAUCAUUUUCGGAUGGGUAUAUGGAGUGAAUCGUGUCAGUGCAGACAUAGAACUGAUGCUCGGGAGACCGGUACCCUUCUUCUUCAAGAUAAGCUGGUGCUACAUCACACCUACCAUGCUCCUGAUAACCUUCAUUUUCACCAUGGUCCAGUACCAGCCUCCGACCUAUGGGAGGUAUGUUUACCCCGACUACGCUGUUACCAUUGGAUGGUGCUUGGCCUCCAUCCCCGGCAUCCCAUUCGUGGUGAUGAUGUUCCACGCCAUCAGCAAGGAGGAGGGGAAUCUGGUGCAGAGAUUCCAGAAGUCCCUGAAACCUGACAGCUCCUGGGGACCAUCCAAGUCGUCAUUGAGGGUGUUUUACAUGGACAAACACAACAAAGCCAACCCUCUGAAAGACACCUUCAUUUCAUCGCUGUCUUGUAGAUCAUAGAUAUACAUGGACAUGUUUUGUAGAAAACAAUUGUCUUCGAUGUGAUGUGAUUUUAUGCUAGGCAUUUAUUCAAACCCGGUGUUGUUGAUCAAUCUCCGCGUCUCCGCGGGAUAUAUAUAACCACGAUUAGUAGUCCCGUAUUUCAGCACUGAAUAGAAAUAGUAGAUGUUUCUGUACAUAGUAAGUGAUAAAACAUUAGCUGAAUAGGCAGUGUUGAAGUACAUGUACAUUUUCAGAACUUCUUUUGCAAGACACGUGCGGUCCAGUGGUUUGGCCAGGCAGCUGAUAGUGACUCUACGGUGUUAGAAUCUACAUCGAAACGUCGCUAUAUGCAAUACACCAAUCAAACAAUUACCCCGAGUGAGCCAUGAGUGAGUGAUAGCGAUUUUUUCCUUUACAUUUUUAUUGCAUAGAGACCAUUCUCACUGUCACAUGCAAGGCACGUGACAUUGCUGAACUUGUAGGAUUGAUCAGUAUUGUUGGUCAUGGCAACUGCACAUUUAGUUACAUUGUAGCGUUCGGACAGUUUAUGUUGAAUAAUUGGCAGUCUUUGCUGUUUAUUUUGUAAAUGAGUCUUUUAUGCAAAUAUAACUAUUACAUGUAAAGGGUCAUUAUUUCUUCCCGGGAGACCAAGAGGUAUCUUCCCCAUGUUAAGAACGUUUUUCAAUUCUGUUUUUUCAAGAAGCCAACUUUCCAUGUGUGUCCAAAUUGGACGAAUAGUUCUACACCCUCAAAACAACUUGUGGUAUAGAUUCUAAUUCUAAUUUACAAUUUACAAACUUGGUAUUGACAUCAUUCUUUGAAUUUGGAAAAGGUCAGAAAAUGGCAAUUUUGAUCUAUUAAAGGUUAAUGAACCGGACCGCCUUCACGUUCUAUACUUUCCUUAUCAAUUCUGAGGUGGUUGGGCCAAAUCUUGUGACCGAGAAUGUCCUCAUUGUGUGUUGGAAGAAUACCGUCAGUGAAGUCAAACCAAGCUACAAUAAAAUCACAAUAAAAGGUGUUUCUUAAUUUGGUUUCAAAUGAUUACAGUUUAGUUCCAUUAUAUCAAACGAAUUUAAACGAAUUCUACUUUGGUAUCGUUUUGAUUUAUUCCUGUCUUAUUAUUGAAAACUUUUCAGCUGAUUAAUUCUUUGAUUGUUUCACUAUUAUUUGUUUCCUUCUUAUUUUAUCAGGGUUAUUUUUCAAAACAAAGUUAAAACAUUUAUCAAGUGACUUGAUCUGGUGGAUGAGGUGUAGAAGAAAACAGGAGGUUUGGUUAUGGUAGGAUAAGGAAUUUAAUAUUGUAAGUCUUCCAAGCGCAGUCAAGUUUCUAGCGGACCAAAUAUUCAUGAGUUUUAAAUGAUUUAACUUUAAUUUUUUAUCACUAUAGUUGAUGUCCGAUUUCAUCGAGUUCUAAACUAUAUUUUAUACCGUGGAGUUAAACGAGAUAGAAUGAAACGUCUGCACACAUACGUACAUUGACAACAAUACUUAUAGCAUGGUUGAUAUAGUGAUAAUGCAAAUGUUUUUGUCGCUUUUACUUAUAUGUCAAUGUUUAUGUAUAUGUAUCAAUGAUCUAAUGUAUAGUCCUACAUGGCUUGGACGGUAACAAAGUAUACAAUAAAACACGUAUUACAGUUACAAUUGAAUCAGUAAGUAGGUAAAUAAUUGAUGUUUGGCUUCCUUGUUUAUGUUAAUCUGAGUGAGUGAGUUUGGUUUUACGCCGCUUUUAGCAAUAUUCCAGCAGUAUCACGGCGGAGGACACCAGAAAUGGGCUUCAAACAAUGUACCCAUGUCGGGAUUCGAACCCGGGUCUUCGGCGUGACGAGCGAACGCUUUAACCACUAGGCUACCCGACCGCCCCUUUAUGUUAAUCUGAGUCGGUAUUUUGUGGCCACGAAAAAGUGAAAACGUUUUCAGGUCAAUAGAAACACAUCCUGUUUGACAGGAAAAAUAAACAUUCUAUUUGUUAUGCAUUUUCCUUUUUGAAUAUGUGUAUCGUUGUGUUCCUCAUAAUAAAGAUGUUGACAUCCAUAAAUGUUCUUCACUACAGUCGAUGUCGAUUAUUUCAUCAGGGUCUAAACUAGAUUGUAUAUCUGAGAGUAAAAAGGGCCCUGAGUGAGAUUGACAUUGACAACAAUACUUAUAUUAUAGCAUUGUUAAUAUAGUGAUUAUGCAAAUGGUUCUGUCGCUUUUAUUUGUAUGUCAAUGUUUAUAUAUUUGUCUUUAGUUUCAUAAUAAUCCCACAUCGUAUACAUUGCUUCAAUAUCUUGUCCUAGAUUGCUUUGGCUUUUACAUCGAAACGAUGCAACCCACAUUGUAGCUACUUUCAAUGAGUCAAUAAAUCAAUAAUUGAUA